AUGGGCAAAGGCAAGCCGAGAGGCCUUUUGGCAGCACGAAAGCUGCGCACGCAUCGCCGCGACCAGCAAUGGGCCGAUCUCCACUACAAGAAGCGACUGUUGGGUACGGCAUACAAGUCAUCACCAUUCGGAGGUUCAUCACACGCCAAGGGAAUCGUCCUCGAAAAGGUCGGUGUUGAGGCCAAGCAGCCAAACUCCGCCAUCCGGAAGUGCGUUCGUGUGCAACUCAUCAAGAACGGCAAGAAGGUCACCGCUUUCGUCCCCAACGACGGUUGCUUGAACUUCGUGGACGAGAACGACGAAGUGCUCCUCGCUGGUUUCGGUCGUAAGGGCAAGGCCAAGGGUGAUAUUCCUGGCGUGCGAUUCAAGGUUGUGAAGGUGUCGGGUGUGGGUCUGAUGGCGCUGUGGAAGGAGAAGAAGGAGAAGCCACGUACUUGA